AUGGGAACAGUCUACGGGUUGAAGAGGAAUGAGAUAUGGAAGAAGAGCGUCUUCCACUUCUCGCUUUGCUUCGCCGUGGGAUUCUUCGUCGGCAUCGUGCCACCAGGGAAACCUUCCUCCGACCAGGUAGCCGAUGGCAGGACCUUCGUCGCCGAUCGACGGGGAGCGCUGGAUGAAUUCCACACCGUGGAGAAGAACCUCCCUCCGGGGAGAGUGAAUGCAACCACUCUCGCGAAGCCAUUUCCAGUCUCCUCCGAAGAGAAGCCGGCUACAUCCGCCGCGAUCGCUGCAGUGGAGGAAGAAGCGAUCCCGGAGCUGACGCCUCGGAGGCUUCUGAUCGUCGUAACGACGACGAAAGCGAAGGAUCCUUUUCAGAACCUGUUCCUGAGGAGAUUGGCGAACACUCUGAGGCUGGUGCCGCCGCCGCUGCUCUGGAUCGUGGUAGAAUCCCAUUGUGAGGCGGCACGGACGGCGGGGACCUUGAGGACGACGGGAGUCAUGUACCGACAUCUAGUUUUCGGUGAGACAUUUUCCGAUCCGCAAGCGGAGAUCCACCACCAGAGGAACAUCGCCCUCAAUCACAUAGAGGACCACCGUCUCAGCGGGAUCGUCCACUUCUCCUGCCUCUCCGAUGCCUACGAUCUCCAGUUCUUCGACGAGAUCAGAGGAAUCGAGUAUGCUCUCCCCAUUCCCUCCAUCUCCAUAAUCACAAUUCGGAAAAAACCUCCAUAUUAUCUCGCGUUUCCCCGCCUCAUCCCAGAGUAUAGAAUUGUCGUUGCCCCCAAAUUACGUCAAUGGAGAGAAUAUGAUAUAUAUAUAUAUAUAUAUAGAGAGAGAGAGAGAGAGAGAGAGAGAGAGAGAGAGAGAUCCAGGGGUCAACUCCUCCCCCACGGGCGGUGAGGGCUCCAUCGAAGAAUUCUGAUCCAGCGUCGAGCUUAAUCGUCUGGUUUUAAAACCCACCCACUGUUCAGCCCAUAUCAUAACCAUCAGCGACAUCCAUAGGUUUCUCGCACAUAUCGAGCUCUCGUGUUUCCAUCAUCUGGUACCAGCCAUUUCUCAUGGAAACCAAGAACACUCGGAUUCUUCGGUCCAGUUUCAAAUGCGUCUAAACUUCUCCGGAGUACUCUCUCUUUCAGACAGAGUGAUCCAAACAUCCUCUUUCCGCAUUGCUUCCCCAUUAAUGAGCAUUCAAGGUUUAGGAUUUAGUAGCCGCAGGAUUUAAUGAGAUCCAGGAUACAGCUCUCUUUAAUAACGUUUCCCGAUGUCGUGAUCUCUAUCGCUCAUAAUUACUGUUUUUUUUUUUUCCUUUCCGAUUCUUCAGUCCGGCACUCGGAUGCUGAUCCAUAUUUUUCUAACCUGAUCUGGAUUUGCAGAGCGUUCGGGACGUGGCCGGCGGCGUCGGUGUCGGCGAGCGAGAAGCAGGUAGUGGUUGAAGGCCCCGUCUGCAGAUCCUCCCGGAUCGUCGGCUGGUAUCUCGCGGCCCCGUCCGGCGGCGGCAACCCGGCGGCGCCGCCGCCGCUGGACCUCUACAGCUUCGCCUUCAACAGCUCCAUCCUGUGGGACCCCGAUCGAUGGGUCCGCCCCACCAACCUCCCCGACAUUUCUCAGGUCCUCUUCAUCUCCCCUCCUCCUCCCCCUUCUCCGACCAUCAUCAUCAUCAUCAAGCAUCGACCUCGUCUUACCUUCUUCGAUCCUUCCGCCUCCCGGGGACAGGACUCCGUCCGGUUCCUCCAAGAAGUGGUAGCGGAGGACGACACCAAGCUGAGAGCUUUCCCCUCCCCCGAUUGCUCCCGGAUCCUGACGUGGCGCCUCCGCUCGCCGGCGAGGAUCGCCAUUCCCGGCCGCCACCCAGACCCAGGAAGGCGACUUUGA